AUGAAGAAACAGAGCUGCAAUGAUUACCGUAAUGACUUUAAUGACUCUGAUGAUGAAGAGGAAGAAAAUGCUCAGAAACCUGCCUUUUCUAGAAAGAGAAAGGCGGAAAGCAGCGAUCCGAACAACGUGGGAUAUCAAGGAGCCAAGGUGCUCGAACCAAAGGUUGGAUACUAUGAUGAUCCGGUGUGCACAAUGGACUUUGCUUCCCUGUACCCGAGUAUCAUCAUCGCUAUGAACCUGUGCUACUCGACUCUGCGCCUGCACCCGAAGCGGCAGAUUGAGAGUAUGGAAAAACAAGAAAUAGAAGACGAAAGUUGUUAUGAAUACGCACAAGGGAAACCUUUCCCGACGGGUGACGAGUUCGUGCCCGAGAGUGUCAGGAAGGGAAUCUUGCCGACAAUCUUGGUCGACCUUCUGAGAGCGAGAAAGCAAGUGAAGAAGGACAUGGCUAAUUGCGAGCACGAUCCCUUCAUGAAGUCGGUCCUUAACGAGCGCCAAUUGGCCAUCAAAAAGUGUGCGAAUUCCGUGUACGGCUUCACGGGAGCCGUAAACAAUGGAAUCCUGCCCUGCAUCCAAAUCGCCCGAUCUGUGACGGCCUACGGCAGAACUCUCCUGGAGAAGACAAUUUACUAUGUAGAAAAAAAGUACACCCAGCACGAAGUGAUUUACGGGGACACAGACUCGAUGAUGAUUAUCUGUCGAGGCAAGACGGUGGCCGAAGCCAUGGAGAUGGGCAAGGGACUGGCUGAGCUCAUUUCGUCACACUUUCCUCGCCCCAUACAAUUAGAGUUUGAGAAAGUGUACAAGCCAUACCUGCUUCUCGGCAAGAAGAAGUACACAGGCGCCGUGUACUCUUCCAACCCAAACUCGUACGACAAGGUCGAAGUCAAGGGCAUCGAGAUGGUGCGUAGAGACUGUUUGCCCUACGUUUCACGCAUCAUGAACGCUUGCAUUCACGAAAUGAUCGUGAAUGCGGACAUAGCGGCUGCCCAGGAAACAGCCAGAAGGGCCGUGGAUGAUCUGCUGUCGGGUCGUGUGGAUACUGCGGAACUGAUAUUGAGCAAAAGGUACUACAACGUGGAGUGUAAGAGCCACUCGCCACAUUUGCAUGUUAUCGAAAAGAAGAAAGCUAGGGGGGAGAAACCUGCCGGCGUGGGUGAUUGGAUUCCUUACGUCAUAUGCAAGGAGCUCGUAACGGACGAGGAGGAACUUCGAAGAGAGUAUGAAGAUCGGCCACAAGAGUUCCACAGGGUCAACGAGCGCUACGUGCGCAAAAUUACAUAUAGGGCUGAAGACCCGGAGUACGUGAAGGAGCAUGGUUUGCCCAUUGACUACACCUACUACUUGACAAACCAAUUGAAGAAACAUUUAAAGAGGACACUUGCAUGCGUACUAGGUUGGGAGCCUAAGACUGUCACCGCCCGGCCCCACCAAAAUGCUGGGCGAGAAACCAAGAAGAAAAAGAAACUAUCUUCUAAGGAAAAAAGAUAA